AAUUCCGUGUUCCAAGCAGCGAAGGGAGGAGGUUGAAUUGAACGCCAUUAAUUGUUUUGUUUUUACUGCUUAUGAAUCCUACUAAUGUAUGUUUCAAAAUGCUUAAACCCUAAAGGGAAAACCCACUGAAAAAGCUGAAUUCUUCAUUCAACACUGUAACAUUAAAGGGAAUGAGGAUUCCUCUGCGCUCAAUCGCAGACACCUUAUGUAGAUUCAAAUCGGGUGAACUUGAACGUGGACGAGGAAAUUUUAUCAGAAGAUUGGAAUUAUGUAGAAGUGUUGCAACUAUUAAUGGUAAUGUGUUUUUGGGAUAUGGAGGAGAGCCAUUAACAAAGUCCAUUCAAGUGCAAAUUGUUGAUGCCCUUCGCUUAGGUGAGAGAAGUAGAGCUUCUAGCCUGCUUUUAGACUUUGGUAACGGAAACCAGUCUUUAAAAGCCAAUGACUUCGUUUACAUUCUUAACUACUGUGCAAGGUCACCGGAUCCUUUGUUCGUUAUGGAAACAUGGAGAUUAAUGGAGGAGAAGGAGAUUGACUUGAAUAAUACAUGCUAUUUGCUUAUGGUCCGAGCUCUUUGUAGAGGAGGUUACUUGGAGGAGGCAUGCAAGUUCAUGAAAUUCCUUAGGGAGAAUCAUGGCACCUAUCCUCUUCUUCCCGUAUACAACUGUUUCUUAGGAGCUUGUGCAAAGAUGAAAAGCAUAAUCCAUGCUAAUCAAUGUUUAGAUUUGAUGGAGCUGCAAAGGGUUGGGAAAAAUGAAAUUACAUAUUCAGUGCUUCUAAAGCUUGCAGUUUGGCAGCAAGAUCUAUCUGCAGUCCGUGAAAUUUGGGAGGACUAUAUCAAACACUACAGUCUAAAUAUAAUUUCUCUUCGAAGGUUUAUCUGGUCCUUUACAAGAUUGAAAGAUUUAAAAUCUGCAUAUGAAACAUUGCAACAUAUGGUGGCUUUGGCCAUUAGUGGGAAGCAUUUUGUUAGUAGGACUGAUGAAGGAAGGUUGUAUUCUUCAAGAUUAGACAUCCCCAUACCAUCCAAAAGUGAAUUAGGAUCACAAAAUGUUCAAUCAGGAGAGAAUGAGCAGUCUCUUGCCUUCAAAUUUGACAUUGAUUCCUCCAACAUAGAGAGAUCAAAGUCAAUCAGUGCUACAGUUGGCAUGCUGAAUAACUAUAAGAACUUGCCUGUUAUGGAAGUUCUGAGGUUGUCCAUCAAUGAUGUACUACACGCUUGUGCACAAGCUCGAGCUUAUGGACUAGCAGAGCAAUUGAUGAUGCUUAUGCAAAAUCUUGGAUUGCAGCCAUCAAGCCAUACAUAUGAUGGCUUUGUGAGAGCCAUUAUUCAAAGAAGAGGAUUUGGUGCUGGCAUGGAAAUGUUAAAAGUAAUGGAAGAGAGAAAUCUGAAGCCUCAUGAUUCAACCCUUGCAGCUCUUUCAGUACAAUGUAGUAAGGCAUUAGAACUUGACUUAGCUGAGGCUCUAUUGGAGCAAGUUUGUGAAUGCCCAUAUCCAUAUCCUUUUAAUGCUUUUCUUGAAGCUUGUGAUAAUAUGGAUCAGCCAAAGAGAGCUCUUCGGAUAUUGGCUAAAAUGAGACAACUAAAGCUUCAGCCAGAUAUCAGGACAUAUGAGCUAUUAUUUUCAAUGUUUGGUAAUGUGAAUGCUCCUUAUGAAGAGGGGAAUAGAUUGUCACAUGUUGACUCAAGAAAACGAAUAAAUGCUAUAGAAAUGGAUAUGGCUAAAAAUGGUGUUCAACAUAGUCAUUUAUCAAUGAAGAACUUGCUAAAAGCACUUGGAGCUGAGGGGAUGACAAUAGAGCUGCUUCAGUACUUACAUGUUGCUGAGAACCUUUUCUGCCAUACUAAUACUAAGUUGGGGGCUCCCAUGUAUAAUGUAGUUCUGCAUUCACUUGUUGAGGCUAACGAAAGUCACAUGGCGAUACAAAUAUUUAAAAAAAUGACAUCAUCUGGUUUCCUACCAAAUGCUGCAACAUACAAUAUAAUGGUUGAUUGUUGUAGCUAUAUAAAAUGUUUCAAAUCUGGUUGUGCUCUAGUUUCCAUGAUGGUGCGUCAUGGGUUUUAUCCGGAAACGAGGACAUACACGGCACUAAUGAAGAUAUUGCUGGAAUAUGAAAAUUUUGAUGAAGCAUUAAGUCUUGUGGAUCAGGCAAGUUUAGAAGGUCAUCAAUUGGAUGUAUUAAUGUAUAAUACCAUCCUUAAAAAAGCAAGUGAAAAGGUAAGGAUCGACAUAAUUGAAUUUAUUAUUGAGCGGAUGCACCAAGACAAAGUCCAGCCUGACCCUGUAACCUGCAAUUAUGUAUUCUCUGCAUAUGUUGAUGGUGGUUUUCAUAACACUGCCAUGGAAGCAUUGCAGGUUUUGAGUAUGUGGAUGAUCUCGUAUGAAGACAUGACACUGGAAGAAAAGAAGAUAGAAUUUGAGAAAGAUUUUGUGAGUUCUGAGGACUUACAAGCUGAGUCAAAGAUACUCCAAGUCUUUAAGGAUUAUGAUGAGCAUCUAGCUGCGGCUCUUUUGAACUUACGAUGGUGUGCUAUUCUUGGGUUUCCAGUUUCUUGGUCACCGAAUCAAAGUCAAUGGACUACAAGAUUGUCAACUAAUUAUGAUUCAACUAGAACUGUUUUAUAGGCGUUUCCAGCUAAAAUACCCUAGAGCUUAUGAAAUGAGCUAUGCAGAUUUCCUUGAAUGGUUUGUGACAGUUUUGCAGAGUAUAAAAUGGAGCUCCUGCUUGGUAGAACAUGUAAACAGCCAUAACAAGAGAAGGGCGCCGUCAAUACCCAACCGGAUUUCAAAUAUGGUUGCUUCAAAUACGAGAUGAUAAGCCUGAUUCUUCACAACUUUGCAGGCCAUGAUUUGGGGGGCAGACUGCGAGUCCCUGGAAUGAUUUGGAGCAGGGGAACAUCGUGCAAGGUAAAUUGCACGCGGACCAUAAAAACCAUUCCAGGGUUUUAUCUAAUGUUCCCAAUGGUAGCUAUGGGAUAAAGAAAAAUUAAAGAUUUGACUUAAAUAGAAACCGUGGUGAUUAGCAUCCAAACAGAGAUGUCGAUAAGGAAAUUGAUAUUGACUUGUAAUAGAUGAGCAUUUAAAUUUUUUCCAUGUUGGACGAAAACCAAAUUCAGUUGUAUUUAAAGGUUAGAGUUACUGUUGAAAA